AUGCGACUCGAUUCCAUCGGCGGUCUUCUCCCACUCGGCCGUCAUAACGGUUGGAUAGCGGACAAGACCGUCGAUCGGGAUAGUCAGGCCUUUGAUCGUGCGUGCAGCCUGGGUCAUGCUGGAUAG